GUCCGUCCGUCGAACAUCCCUAAUUUCUCUAUCCGUCGGGGAGUCGGCCGUCAUCCGUCAGCUCGACAGCUACACAGCGGGCAGCUGCCUACAGGGUGACGUCGGAGAGGCCGUCCUGCGCCCACAAAGGCAGCCGGAUGUGCACGUCACUGACGAAGGUGUAGGCCUUCUGGCCGCCCUCGGGGCUCAUGUUCGCUGUGGUGGUUGUGUCGGAAGAGCCUUGGAAGCUGCUGGUGCUGCCGAUGGUCGAGCUGAUGGGGUUGCCCUCGAUGAUGGUGGUGCUCUUGCCUCGCGUCACAACCUGCACCCACACACACCCACACACACACAGACAGACAGACAGAGAGACACAUGUGUGUAUGUGUGUGGUGGGGUGGGAUCCGUUGUGAUGUGUUGUGUGGCGUUGUGUGUACCACGCUGCUGCCGGGUGUCUGCUGCUCCGCAGUCUGCCCGCGCUUCUUCAGCGACAGGCCUGCACACACGGUUGCAAGAACGAACACGUGCAUCUCUCCUUCAAUGGCCAUAUAUAUUUGCUCACCGAGUACGCGCUUUCGGUGGUGCUGCGCCUCGCCGGCCGAAAUGUCGAUCUGAGACACCGUGAUGGGCCUGCGCCACCCCACUGUGCCGCCAGUAUUGCCGUCGUUGUUGCUAUUAUCGCUGUUGAAGGGGAACCACACCACGGGCGAUUUGCUGGCCUUAAUGGGGGGCCGGUAGCUAUAGGGGCCCUCUGCACCGCCGUCUGUGUCUGUGUGGGAGGCGGUGAGGGUCAGCGGCUGCUUCAUGCUUGACUCCUCGGGGUGUUCGGUGGCGCCAGUAUUGCCCUUUUCGUUGCUGGCGUGAUGAUGGCUGGCGUAGCCAUGGGUGUGCUGAUUCUGGCGGCAUGAGACGCAGCUCUCCUGCUCCUGGAGGCCGAUCUGCUUGUUGAUGCGGUCGAAGACGGUGUAGAAUUUGCAGAAGAGGGGCAGACCCAUGAUGUACACCUUACCUGUGCGCCACACACACACACAAACACACACACAGGGGGGAAGCGGGUGUUUUGUUGGUGUGUUGGUGCUCUCUCUGCCCGCCCACCGACCCAUAUUGGAACUGUCCAUGUCGAGGGAGAUGAAGGCCGGCACACACACGGUCGUCGACCGCCUGAGGACACACACAUACACACAUUCAUCCAUCCAUCCAUCCAUAAGUGCCGAAAGCGAUGUUUGGGCACUGCGCAGAGUCUGUGUGUCUCUCUCUCUGUGUGUGCGACUGACCGCUUAGCCUUUCUGGGAAAAAGGACCCCCAUGAGGCCGUCAAACUCCUCUACCUCUGCCGGGAACCUUCCUGCACACAUAUAUACACACGCACAAGUGGAUGGAUGGAUGGAGAAGAGCACCUGAGUUCCGGCCCACGUACCCAUGUAAUAUUCUGGCCCCAGACAGAUCUCCUUCCCGCCCAGCUUGGCACACAAAUCGGGGUACUUGUCCAAGCUGUCACACCCCUGCACACACACACACACACACCCCUGUGAGUGUGUCUGUGUGGGUCAAUGGCCUCAUGCACUGGCCUCGUCGAUCCCGUCGCUGUUGGGCGCGUAGAGGGAGAGUUCCUUCAAGAGGUGGUUGACGGCCGAUUCAGGCCCUGUCAGCAGCGAUGUGCCCGUGUCGAUCACAGCGCUACACACACACACACACACACGCGCACACACACAAGGGGGGGAAGGAGUGAUGCUCGCGGGUCAUUCUUGCAGGUCAGGUGUGUGAUACCCGCAGUGGUUGCCGUUUGCGUCUUCCUGGUGGCAGGCUAUGUCUGUCUUGGUGCCAUUGGGGCUGCGCAGGAAGAGCCGGGUCAUGCUCGUCGCCCAGUGCACCUUCCCCUCCACUGGCAGCCUGCACACACACACACACACACACACACGGGCAGAUACAGGCACGUGUGUGUGGAACAGCAUUGGGGGGUGCGCUGACUGUUUAAACAGCUCGGGGCAUUUCAUAUGGCUGUCGUCAUUCCACGUCAGAUACCCUGGAAACGAGAUAAAGAGAGAGAAAGAGAUCAUCGAGCAUAACAUAUGCGUGCACAGGUAUACACACUGACCAGGCGGUGUUUCGACAGCGAGGGUUUCGGCGAGUCCGAGUGCGGGGCUGGGGGUCGGCACCGCCAACUCCCCCGCCAUCACCACCGUCUUCUGCUUCACUGCCAGGGGUCUCGCGGCCGUCUGCAGAGACCUGUCUAUGCAGAAACCCACUGUGUCCACCUGUCCACACACAAAAGUCCGUGUGCGUGUGGCAAAGGCACGGGUGCUGUUGCCGCACCCACCCCCAUUUUGGACAGAAUGUUGUCGCGGUCGGGUCGGCUCCAGGGCAUGCCGGCGAUGGCCGUGAUGUUGGCCGCCUCCAAGGCGCCAACUGCACACACACGGGGUGGUGUUGUAUGCGUGUGUGUGUGUGUGUGUGUGAUGUGUCAGGACUUGUGUGGUCUUGUAUCUGCCAGAUGGGCAUGUGGUGGUCCGUUUCCAUCGGCUUGCACUUGGCCUGCCCCUGCCGAGCCAGCAGUGCCGACGAAGGGGGCGGACAGCUAUCAGGCAGCACCACCUACUCACACAGACAUACAAACACAUGGACAGAUAGAUGUCCACAAACAUGCGUGUGUGUGUCUGUUCAGGGCCCUCACUCACCCUAUCGAACCCCUUGAUGGCGUACAUAGUCCCGCUGCCAAAUUUGACGAGCGCUUCGCUCUGCGUGUCGCCGACAUCACUGCAAACAGACACAUCCAUCCAUCCAUCCAUCCAUAAGGCGCCGGCGUACCACGGGCGGUAGGUUCGCGAGCAGCUCGAGUUGUACCGGCUCCCCGAGCAAGAAGUGCAGAUCGUUGAACUGACCAUCAGGUCAAAACUCCCCGUGUCAAACACGCAGUUGAGGGCCUGCGGGGGAUCUCCCACCGCCAAAGACCCUACCAUCACGGCAUUCUCGAUGUUUCUCAGCUGCUGCCGCACGGGCGAGAGGUGGCGAUGCUCGUCCUUUCCGUCUUUUCCAGCCGCCUUGGGCUUGGCGGACAUGACGGCCGGCGAGAUGGCACCGUGGCCGACGGGAUGUUCUACCAGCCGGGAGGCGUCGUUUUGAGGGAAGAUGCAUGAGGCCAGGACGGCGCACAAGAGCGCUGCUGCUGCUGUUGCUGCCGGCCACAUCCACAUCACGCGAUACGAGUGUAUUGGCGAGAGAUCUGGCACGCAGCCACCCGCAGCAAAGAAGUGAUGAACGAGAACGUCAAAGGGGACCGUUGAAUGGCUCCGCUGGCUUCGCGCUCAGAAAAAC